CACCUUUCUAACCGCGUCCGUCCGCUUCAGAUCCGGUGUGAGAGCAGCAGCAGAGCCUGAGGUUAGCCUAGCGUGCUAGCAGGACGCAGACGGAGCCGGAACCGGAACCGGAACCGGGCCUCACAGCGGGUCGGAGCAGCUUCCAUAGAGACCAAACUGUCUCUCACGGAGACCAAAUGUCCCAAAGUCCAGAAGGAUCCGCGUGAACAGAGUCUGCCAGCGGUUACCAUGACAACGAUCUCCCGCCGCCACAGCGAGCUAAUGCACUUAGCUUAGCUUGCUAGCAGGAAAUAGACGGAGCCGAAGGUGUAACGGAGUGUGUGUGUGGAGGAGCAGCUGCUGUCAAUGAGAGACAAUGUCACACACACUACUGGACGCUGUUCACACUGCAGACGUCCAGCAGCUGUUGGUAGUUAAAGAAGAGGAGCAGCAGAGGACAGGGGACCCACCACAGCUUCCACACAUUAAAGAGGAGGAACUCUGGACCAGUCAGGAGGGAGAGCAACUUGGAGGGCUCGAACAGGAGGAUGCUGAUAGCAGGUUCAUAUUCACUCCUGUCCCUGUGAAGACUGAAGAAGACAACGAAGAGAAACCUCAGUCCUCACAGCUUCAUCACAGCCAAACUGAAGAGAACAGAGACGCAGAGCAUUUGGAAACAGCAGCUGAUGGAGAGGACUGUGGAGGACCAGAAGCAGCCAGGAACUCAGAUCCAGAUAGUCCUUUACAACCAGCUACUGAUGACAAGAAGUCACAGUCCUCUGAACCUGAGACUGAUGAGACUGAUGAUUGGGAGGAGACCAGGGAACCUCAGUCAGGGUUAAACCCUCUGCAAAACAAUGAAGUACCUGGAAGUGAUCCAGAAUGUCAUACUGGAAAAACAUCAGUCAGCUGCUCUGAAUGUGCUACAAGCUCUGACCACAGGGGACAUCAGCAGAAACACAAUGGGAUCCACACAGGGGAGAAACUUUACGGUUGUUCUGUCUGUGGGAAAAGAUACUCCUUGAAGGAAUCCUUAAAGGACCACAUGAGGCUUCACUCAGAAGGAAAACACUUCAGCUGCUCCGUCUGUAAUAAAACGUUUCCUCGGAUCGGAGAGGUUGUGACGCACAUGAGAGUUCACACGGGAGAGAAACCCUUCAGUUGUCCUUUCUGUGGCACGAGAUUCACACAUAAGACGACUCUGAGACAACACAUGAGGAUCCACACAGGAGAGAAACCCUUCAGCUGCUCCGUCUGCGGUACAAGGUUCGCCCGAAGCUCCACGCUGACCUCACACCUAAGAGUUCACACGGGAGAGAAACCUUUCAGCUGCUCCGUUUGUAAGGCCAGUUUCAGUGUCGGGAAGACUUUGUCCAAACACAUGAAAACGCACACAGGAGAGAGACCGUUUGGCUGCUCUGUCUGCGGUCGGAGAUUUGCAGUCAACUCUGGUUUGACCACACACUUAAGAGUUCACACAGGAGAGAAACCGUUCACAUGCUCCGUCUGCACUAAAUGUUUCAGUGACAGAAGCACCUUGUCCAAACACAUGAGAACCCACACCGGGGAGAAACCGUUCAGUUGUUCUGUUUGUGGUAAAACAUUCGCUCAGAAGGGAACUCUGAAACAACACCUGGCUGUCCACACGGAGGAGAAACCGUUCGCUUGCUCAGUUUGUGCUAAAAGAUUUCGAGAUCGGAGGAUUUUGAGACGACACACGAGGAUUCACACGGGAGAGAGACCCUUCAGCUGCAGGGUUUGUGAUAAAAGAUUCUCUCGCCUUGAUAUUUUUAAGAAACACAAGUGUGCUGGUGAGAGCAGCGGUAAGUGAGGCUGCUCCGAAACACUGACUACAAACCUGAGACCAAGUCCAGCUGAAAAACAGUCACAUGAUCAUUGACCUGUUGUUACUAAAUGAUUCUCCUCCUCUCUUGCUGUGACACCAAUCAUUGGUUUAUAAUGGAUUCAGUUUAUUUCUUUAAAGUGUUUGAUGUCACCUGUAGAGUAACUGUUCUCUGACUGAAAUCAGUCCGUGUGAACAACCAGUGCUGAAACAAAGGAUUGUGUUUGUGUUAUCUACCUGACGAUCUCACUGAGGAAACACAAACGGACUCCGCAGUAAAUGGCGAGCUGAUGGAUCGACUGUCUUUAUGAGUGUUAGCGGAGCUCCACCAGAGAAUGUUUGGUUAAACCGGAUCAGUACAACUGGUCAUAUUGUAACUAACCCCGAAAUCCCACGGGCUCGGCUUUAGAAAUCUGUGUCUGUGUCGCAGUUUGGCUCUGUGAGCCGCACGUCUUCGAAUCCCACAAGAACGGCCCAGAGGCGGAUCGUCUUCAGAACGUCUUCAGGGCGUCUUCAUGUCAUAUGUUACUAUGUUUACUUGUUUAUUUUGGCCUUUUAAAAAGGAAACAAUCGAUGUGUUUGUUUAAACUGUAAACAUUUCUGUAUACUAUAUAUAUGUACACACAUAUAUAUAUAUAAGCAAAACCAUCCUGUGAAUUUCCAUUUUUAAUGUAAAAUAACGUGAACAAUCUGUAACUGUAAAGAAUCAGUAAUUACUGAUUAUUUAAAGAAAAUUUCAUUUUUUUCACAUAAAAUGAUUAAAGUACAUUUUGUAAACAGUUUAUUUAAGAGAUUAAACUGUUAAAUUCAUUUAUAAAAUGAUAUAAAAUCAGUGACAUUAACAGUAAAAGUAUUAGUUGUGUAUUUUAAUGUAUUAGUUAACUGACAGAUAUGUUGUAUAAUGAUGAAGUAGAAUAAAUGUUGUUUAUCAGUGUAUAAGGUAAACUGUCCAAAUACAGUUUUUAUCAGUGUAAACAGCAAUAAUUACUGUAAUCUCACAGAUAAUGACUUUUAUUACUGUUCUAUAACUUUUAACAUUCACAUUAAAAUAAUAAAGAUCCAAUAGGAAAAGAGAUCA